CAAAAUAUUAUAUUGACGGUUAACUAUUGAUGGCAUUAACAUCUUACCAAUAUUCCGUUUGAUUUCUGUACUCCCAGUCUGAAUGGCGGCAUUCUCUGCUUGCUCUCACCUCCUUCCUUCCUCUGCCUCGUCUCCAACUUUCAAAACCCUAAUUUCAUUCAACUCCUUUCAUGGAAACCCUAAACUCCUUUUUCCAGUCAAACUCGUUUCCCCAUCUCGAUUCCGCUGUGCUUCCUCCAAAUCCCCUUCCGGUGAUAACAUUUCCAGAAACUUUUGCAUCAUUGAGGGGCCAGAAACGGUUCAGGAUUUUGUGCAGAUGCAGCUGCAGGAAAUCGAAGACAAUAUAAAGAGCAGGCGUAAUAAGAUCUUUCUGCUCAUGGAAGAGGUGAGAAGAUUGCGAAUACAACAUCGCAUAAAGAGUGCAAAAGUUAUCAAUGAGAGUGGCGAGGAAGAGACAACAAAUGAGAUGCCUGACAUCCCAUCUUCUAUUCCUUUUCUCCCUCAUAUGACACCAAAGACCUUAAGGCAGCUGUACUUGACUAGCUUAACAAUUAUAUCUGGGAUAAUCAUAUUUGGGGGCCUCAUUGCACCAACUCUGGAGCUAAAAUUAGGUCUGGGGGGAACAUCAUAUGAAGAUUUCAUUCGCAGGUUGCAUUUUCCAUUGCAGUUGAGUCAGGUUGAUCCCAUUGUGGCAUCCUUUUCCGGAGGUGCAGUGGGUGUCAUUUCAGGCUUGAUGCUAAUUGAAGCCAACAAUGUUAAGCAACAAGAGAAGAAAAGAUGCAAAUAUUGCCAUGGAACUGGAUACUUGGCUUGUGCAAGAUGUUCAGCAAGCGGCAUAUGCUUGAGCAUUGAUCCCAUCUCAUUAUCCACUGCUACUGAUCGCCCUCUGCAAGUGCCAACAACUUGUAGGUGUCCAAACUGCUCUGGAGCAGGAAAGGUGAUGUGCCCAACUUGCUUGUGCACUGGGAUGGUGAUGGCAAGUGAACAUGAUCCACGAAUUGAGCCAUUUGACUAAGGAAGAUUGGGGAUUUCCACUUUUUGCUCUCUUGUGAACCCUUUGCAAUUUAGCUUGAAUAUUUUCUUUAGGGUUCUUUGUUAGUCAAUUUUGUUCAUAAAUAAUGGUCAUUUCAGGUAAUAUGUAAGAACAUAAUUUUCUUUAUAAAUAGGCCAAAGCUCC